GAGUUGUAUACAUUGACUUUUGAUCAAGAAAAAGUCAGACGUUUUCUAUGCAUUAUCCUUUUUUUCUAUAUAAGCAAACACAUUCUCAAAGUAUAUUCACAAAAGAGAAAACCUCUUGUUAUCAAUAAAUUUUAUUUAAUUCUUGUUUAUAUUAAAUUAUAUUUCAAGAAGAAUUUUAUUGUUCAUCGAGAAGUGAAAUGGCACCACUACCACCACCACCAACCACCAUUGUUCCGCCGUUUGUCGGCCUCAUCGUGAGGAUUCUUACGUUGAUUUGCUUGUUGAUUUCACUCAUCGUGACUGCCACCAAUACUCAUACCACUAGUGUCAAUUUUGUUGAUAUCAAAAUUAAGUCGAUGGACUUUUAUGCUUACAGAUAUUUGAUUUCUAGUGUGGUAAUUGGAAUGGCAUAUACUCUUCUACAAACUGCAUUUUCAAUUUUCAUUGUGAUCACUGGAAAUAGACUUGGUGGUGAGGGGCUUUGUCUAUUUGACUUCUAUGGUGACAAGUUUAUUUCCUACUUUCUUGCAACUGGAGCAGCAGCAAGUUUUGGUAUGACACAAGAUUUAAAGCAACUUCAAGGCAGUGAUAGUCUUAGUAAAUUUCUCAACACUUCAAAUGCUGCAGCAAGUCUUUGCCUAAUUGGAUUCUUUUUUGCUGCUGCUUCAUCAGUUUUCUCAUCUUAUAAUCUUCCCAAGAAAGCUUGAUUUAAAAAAAAAAAAAUAGUUAAUAUUUUUGAGAGAUUAAUA